CAUAUUCCAAUUCCUUUCAUUCUAUGGUUCUCUUCUCUCUCUCUGUCUCUCUUUCUCUCUCUCUCUCAAUCUCAAUCUCUCUCGACAGUGCAAAUGGCGAUGAAUCUGACGGAAGGAGCGAUAAUGAAGAUGUGCAGAGGAGAACUGAAGGCGGAGGAUGAAGGGGUGAAGCCAAUACUACAAGUGAUAAAAGUGAUGCAGGUGGUGACCAAAGCCCAACAACAGCCCAGUAGCAGUAGCAGUACCGAGCGGUAUUGGGUUGUUCUCUCCGAUGGGACCCACCAGCAACAGGGCAUUUUAGCCACUCAGAAAAACUAUUUCGUCAAUGAUGGCAAGUUGCAGAAAGGCUCCAUUGUUCGUUUGACCCACUUCGUCUGUAACGAAGUCCAAAGACGCAUGAUUAUUAUCAUUGUUGAUUUGGAUUUGAUAAUUGAGAAAAGUGAUCUCAUUGGAGAACCUGUACCAGUGGCAAAACCUGUGGUUGUACAAUCCCCAGCUGGCCAACCAGGGACAGGAAAUGGGAAUCCCCAAUCAUUUCCUGGAAGUUCACCUGUUGGUGGUCUGGUUAAUAAACCCAAUGCAGCUGGAGCAUCUAUGGAGCCUCCUAGAAUAAAUCAAUCAUAUGGCAAUGCAUAUUCUCAUAAUUCUGACUCAGGGAGAUAUGCUGCACCAAAUGUGCCUGCUGCUUACCCUAAGACAGAGUCUAGUGCUGGAUAUCCUGGAUCAGUGUCGUUAGGUGGUUCAUAUGGUGAGCAGAGUUUCCGCAACCCUAGAUCAGAAGCUUCGCAGCCACCUCUAAAUACCUCUUCCCACCAACCUCAGCCUGUGUAUCAACAACCAUCUUCAAUGUACACUAACAGAGAACCAAUAGCUAGAAAUGAAGCUCCCCCUAGGAUAAUUCCCAUUGCUGCUCUGAAUUGGACAAUUAAGGCUAGAGUUACAGCAAAAGGAGAACUUAAGCACUACAAUAAUCCCCGCGGUGAUGGUAAAGUAUUCAGUUUUUAUCUUCUUGAUUCUGACGGUGGAGAAAUUCAGGUAACUUGCUUUAAUGCUGUGGCUGAUCAAUUCUUCAACCAGAUUGAAGUUGGUAAGGUUUAUCUGAUUUCCAAGGGAAGCUUAAGACCUGCUCAAAAAGCUUAUAACCACCUCCCAAAUGACCAGGAAAUUUUCUUAGAGAGCACGUCAAUAGUACAGCCUUGCUUUGACGACGACAGCUCAAUUCCACAGCAGCAGUUUCACUUCCGUCAUAUAAGUGAUAUUGAAGGCAUGGACAACAACAGCAUUAUGGACAUUAUUGGUAUUGUAACUUUUGUCAGUCCCUCUGCUUCAAUAAUGAGAAAAAAUGGUACUGAAACUCAGCGGAGAAUCCUACACUUGAAGGACAUGUCUGGCCGAAGUGUUGAAUUAACUCUGUGGGGAAACUUUUGCAAUGCAGAAGGACAGAGUCUGCAAAAUAUGUGUGAUUCAGGGCUUUUCCCUGUUCUAGCUGUGAAAACAGGUAGAGUAAAUGACUUCAAUGGGAAGUCAUUGGGUACCAUCUCUACCACUCAACUAUUUAUUGAGCCAAAUUAUCCAGAAGCUCACAGCCUGAGAAGAUGGUUUGAUGAGGAAGGAACAUCCCGUCUGUCUCAAUUUCCAUACACUAAUUGACUUGCUUUUGCUUGAAACGUAUAUCUUGUAUUAAUAUUAAACAAGUGCCUAAAGAGACACUAUAAGGUCAACUUAAUUUAUUAAGAUACAUCAUACGUGGCAUUCUAUUAAUCUGAGGAAUUUAGAAUUGUGUUGGUU